GCCCGGCGGGGGCCGCCCCUUCUCCCGGGGCUGGCUCGGGAGUCGCGUUGCAGUCUUAGGGAGCUGCGGCAAGCCGGGUAUGGCCAUGGCGUCCCCGGCUAUCGGGCAGCGCCCUUAUUCGCUCCUGCUGGACCCCGAGCCCCCGCGCUACCUACAGAGCCUGAGUGGCCCCGAGCCUCCUCCACGACCCGGGCGGACUCCGCGCCGCUGCGGCUCCCUGCCCUUCUCCACAGCGCCCGGAGCGCACGAGGGACGAGGAGCUCGGGGGGCGCUGGUGGGGGACGUGGAGCCGCAGCCCCGGCCCCCCAGGCUCCCUCGCUCCCUCCGACCUGGGCUUCAGCAGAGGCUGCGGCGGCGCCCCGGGGCGCCGCGACCCCCGGACGUGAGGAGCAUCUUCGAGCAGCCACGGGACCCGCGCGUCCCGGCUGAGCGCGGCGAGGGGCAUUGCUUCAUCGAGCUGGCGCUGCGGGCUGACCCGGGCUGGUGUGAUCUGUGCGGCCGGGAGGUGCGACAGCGGGCGUUACGCUGCGCCAACUGCAAGUAUACCUGCCAUCAGGAAUGCCGAAGCCUGAUCCAAUUGGACUGCAGUCAUCAGCAAGGGCGGUUCCGAGACAGAACAUCUCCAGAAACUACCCUUGCCCCAAGCUUCAACCAGAAUGUCUGCAAACCUGUGGAAGAGGAGAAGCCUCAAGCCCCGACACUUAAGGAAAUCAAACAGAAAAUUGACAACUACAAUAGCAAGGAGAAAAAUUGUCUGGGCAUGAAGCUGAGUGACGACGGCACUUAUACAGGAUUCAUUAAAGUACAUCUGAAGCUCCGGAGGCCAGUGACGGUGCCGGCUGGGAUCCGGCCCCGCUCCAUCUAUGACGCCGUCAGAGAGGUGAACCUGGCAGCCACCACGGACAAGAGGACAUCCUUCUACUUGCCCUUGGACGCCAUCAAGCAGCUGCAUAUUAGCAGCACCACUACGGUCAGUGAAGUCAUCCAGGGGCUACUCAAGAAGUUCAUGGUGGUGGACAAUCCUCAGAAGUUUGCUCUGUUUAAGCGGACUCACAAGGACGGACAAGUGCUGUUCCAGAAGCUCUCCAUCACUGACUGUCCCCUGUACCUUCGCCUGCUGGCCGGCCCUGACACGGAUAUCCUUAGUUUUGUGCUGAAAGAGAAUGAGACAGGAGAGGUAGAGUGGGAUGCCUUCUCCAUCCCUGAACUCCAGAACUUUUUAACCAUCCUGGAAAAGGAAGAACAGGACAAAAUCCAACAAGUACAGAGGAAGUAUGAUAAGUUCAAGCAAAAAAUGGAAGAACUCUUGAGAGAUGCCCAGGGUAAACCUGGCUAACCCUGCCUAUCCUUCCUGCCUUGCCCUGGAACAGCUCCACAGGAGAACGGAUUUGCAUUCUUUUUUUGCAACAGACACUUUUCUCAGGACCCAUCUGGCUGGGCAUUCACCCCUCGAGUUGUUCCAGAUGGGGCAGUAACUUCUCCGAUGUGUUUUGUCGUGGAACUUUUCCUCUCGCCCCUUCCAAUGUCACCCACUCCUCGACCCCCAGAGACACUGCUGUGAAAGCAGCACCAGUAUUUUAAGAGAAUCUUUCUCUUGCUCUAUCAAACUACAGGCCUUUCAGAAACCCAACAGCUGCCUUGAUGCAUCAUCAAUCCAGGACCCAUCAUUCUGGUUGGCAAAGGCAGAUAUGGGAAAAACAAAGGAAAAGGAUUCUAAAGAGAUGCAUAUUCCUUCCUGGACUUCUGUUGUUCUCUUCCCUCCCUUCUCCUAUUGAACAGCUUUAUUUAUUGAGUCCCAUAAUAAAAGAGCUGAAUGUUCAUUUGUGGAGACUUAGCAGGCUCACACUAGAUCACCAGAAGCAAGGGAGGAAGGGGAUUAAUAGGGAGGAGGAAGAGUGUAUUAGCUAGUACUAUCUCUCCCCCAGUUACAGAUGCCUAUAAUUCAGGCUCAAAGAUGCCUCCUAAAGUCGCUGGCCCCUGCUAAGAAACCCUGACUGGCUCAGGUUGGGGAUUUCCACUGUGGUUGUAUGAGCCCCUCUAACCAUGAUACUGGGGGUGAUGUCUUAGGUGCAUAUGUGUUUGUGAGUGGGUGUGCCCUCGCCCACGUCAGAAAAAAAUUUUCUCAAUGUGAAUUUGAUGCUAUUUCUUUCCAUCCUCCAGAUAUUUCUCCCAGAGUGAAACUGGCCUUUUCCCUGCCCAAGGGUUCUCAUUUUAAGCUUUUGUUCCUGAGAAAGGAGAUUAAGAUGUUUGUGAGGUAGACAGAAACCAAAAUGUAUUUCAGAAAACUAUUUGGCAAGCAACCUCCAAUUUCCUACUCUGGGAGUAGGGAGAGACUCUCGUGCCUGAGAUGCCCUGACUCAAGAUAACCCAGAGCUGCUACCACUGCUCCCUCCCCUAUCUUCUGCCUCGGGCCCUAGUUCCAUGGGAUUCCAGUGUUGUGGCCAAGAGAGCUGCCUUUCUCAGAGAGUAGGGAAUCACAAACUCUACCUUCCAUUUCUGAAGAUUGGGCACUAUGCCUGGAGUGACCCCAGAAUGAAAGGGGAGCCCCAGGGGCCCUUGUCUCCCCUUUGACCUCAGUGCCUUUCUGUCUUUAAAGGGAGUGUGGGAAUAAGUUUAAGGUUCCAAAUUGCUGCUUGUCUGCUGCCCUGAUCAUUAGACAGCGGAUGGCUGCUGGUAGAACAGGGUGAGGAGGAGGGCCCCUUCCCAGCCCACCAAAGGGAGAACGGCCUUCGCUUCCCAGUUGCUGGUUUGUACUGUUCAUUGGACUGGUGCAAACUUCAUUCAGCAGGGAGACGGCACAGAUUAGUGGAAUGGCUUUUAGAGUCAGGAAAACCUGGCUGAGUUCAAGUCCCUGCUUUGAGAGAAUGGCUUUGUGACAUGGGUUAAGUCAUUUGAGUAUAUAAGCUUCAGAGCAGAUGCUGAUUCUCCUUGGUAGAAGUUCCCUCUACCAAUGGAAUCACAGACUUAGGGGCAAGAAAACAACAAAAACAACACACUUCAGGGAAAGGACAGAAGGAUUUUAAUUUUUAACUGAGGGCUGAACUCUAGGCCCAGACCUUGAGAAACCCUUUUCUUCCUUGUCCUCAAUUUCUAAAUUCCCAAAUCCCCAUUACUUCACAGGUAAGUUCAUGUCUUACACCUCUCUUUGAGGCCUUGGAGAAGCUAUCUUCCUCUUCAUCUCUGCCAGUAAACAUACGUCUUCAUCAUUGCCUCUGAAGAAGACAGGUGUGUAUUAUACAUAAAUACAUUAUAUAUAAUAUAUAUACAUGUAUUUUUAUGUAUACCUACAUGCAGUCUUUAUAGCUGUAAAAACAAUAGCAACCUUUACAAAUACCCCUUCUCCCUGCACCCCACAUCUCACACUGCAUCCCCCCCUACUUAAAAAAAACCCAUCAGCAACAACCCUCCUCUCCCUCUGGUUUAAAUUAAGGGGAAAAAAUGGUUUCCCUUAAUCCUGCAUGUCUACAACCUUGGUAUAAGGCAUGGCUUUUGCUGCAACUGCCAUGAAUGCUGCUGAAAACCUCCUUCCAAUGGGAAAGGCAAUUUUAUUUUUAAGGGGAAUAAAGAAAACUAUUACAUAGAUAAAUAUAUAUAUAUCGAGAGAGAGAGAGAGAGAGAGAGAUACAAAUAUAGUACAUAGCUAUAGAGAGAGAGAGAGAGUGUGGCACUUAUGAAAUGAAAGUAUGGGAUAGUUCAAAUUCUAAAGAAAGCACAGCUAGAUCUUUGACCUGG